GUGCAUCUCGCACACGCUUGCACCCCCCCAACACAUGUAUGCACAGCCCUCUCAUGACCCAACCCAUGACCUCACACGCAUGUGCACGGCCUUGCACACUCCUCCAGGUCGAAGGGGAGCAGCAGCAGGAGGAGGAGGAGGAGGAGGAGGAAGAGGAGGAGGAGGGCAGCGAGGAAGGUGAUGAAGGGGCCGGGGGGGAGCGGGACAGCCUGGGGAGGCAACGGCUGGAGAGCCUGGAGGAGCCCCCCAAGAACAAAGUGGCACCGAUCCCUGAGGGCAGCGCCUUCUUCCUGCUGGGCAGCACCAACCCGUGAGCACUGGGAGGGACUGGGGGGGUACUGGGAGCACUGGGAGCGGGGAGGUGGGGACACGGGGAUGGUGGGGGGCAUUGGGACUAGAGAUAUGUACUUGGGGGGACUGGGGACACUGGGACUGGGAAAACUGGGACUGGGGACACAAACUGGGGGCACUGGGAGCACUGGGACUGGGGACACUGGGACUAGAAAGACAGGGAGCGCUGGGGACACUGGGACUGGAAAUGUGCACUAGGGGGACUGGGGACACUGGGACUGGGGAUGCGAACUGGGGGCACUGGGGAUACUGGGACUGGAGAUGUGUACUGGAGGGUCUGGGGAUACAAACUGGGGAUGCUGGGACUGGAGAUGUGUACUGGAGGGACUGGGGACACUGGGACUGGGAAUGCAAACUGUGGGCACUGGGAGAAUAGGGCUGAAGGAAACUGGGACUGGGGAUGUAUACUGGGGGAACUGGGAAAACUGGAACUGGAAAAAUUGGGAGUGGGGACACAAAGUGGGGGGGGUACUGGGGACACUGGGACUGGAGAUGUGUACUGGGUGACCAGGGGCAUUA